GCUUACGUUCAGUCACAAUUCAGACAGUUCUCUACAUUCUCAGCUUAAAAAUAUUGUUGAUAAGUGAAAUAAACUCAAACAUUAUCGUUAAUUAUGGCAUUCUAGAUAGAUAUUCUACGUAUAAUCACUCAGGUUUUUUAACUUAAAAAAAUAAUGGAAAAUAUCAAUAACUCAAACUCACACUCUCCAAGUUCACCGUCGAAGGAAAUAAUAGAAAUCAAGGAUUACCACUUGCAGCUGCCUGAGUGGGGGCUGGAAUGCCUGCAGAAUGCAGCAAUACAGCAAAGGGUGCCUAGACCAAGGAGUUUGGCCUGGGCCAUCAUGUUGAAUGCGGUGCCUCAGCCUAACCAGGAUAUUGUAUCAAGUGUUCGGACUCACAGGAAUUUCUAUAAUGACUUGAAAUCCAAGCUGUCAAUGGACCCACGAGCAGUCAUCGGCGAUGAUCCUCUGUCACAAAAUGACGAGAGUGUAUGGAAACAACAUUUCUGUGAUAAUGAACUGAAAGCACUGAUUCUACAAGAUGUCGUGAGAACCUUCCCUGACGAGCUGUAUUUCAGGGAAAAAGAAGUACAGGACAUUAUGGUAGAAGUAUUAUUUUUCUGGGCGCGUUCUCACUCGCACGUGGGCUACAGACAAGGAAUGCACGAGAUAUUAGCGCCUCUUCUUCUUGAACUCUAUUUAGAUAGGAAAUUUGCACCAAACAAUUUAAGUGAUACAUUGAAAUACGUUUUGCAAGAAGAAUAUCUUGAACAUGACAGCUACAUGCUCUUCAACGCUAUAAUGAAGGGCUUGGAAAAGUUUUACACGACGGGGGAUAUAGUGCCUACCUCCGAAGGAAGGAUGCCCACUUCUAAUGUAGUUCAUAAUCCAAAUGAAGUUGUAAGAUAUUUAGAAAAGAUAAGAGACGAAUAUUUAGUUCCGCUCGACCCUGAGUUGGCCGCUCAUCUCACCGAAUGCAAUAUAUCACUGGAGCUAUUUGGAAUUCGAUGGCUCCGACUGCUUUUCGGCCGGGAAUUCCCGCGGUCCGAGUUGCCCCACCUGUGGGGAUUCCUGUUCGCCGACGGCCCCACUUUGCCCCACAUACACUUCGUUGUCAUCGCUAUGUUAAUAUCUAAUAGGAAUACGCUGGUGCACCCGGAGCCGGGAGUGGUGCUGUCGGCGCUGAUGCGGCCGAGCCCUGCGCCCGCGCCGCACGUGUGCGCGCUGGCGCUGCACCUGCGGCGGCCGCUGGCGUGGCCGCGCCCGCCGCCGCCCGCGCCUGCGCACGCGCACGCCGAGCGCUGGCCCGACCCGCCGGAGGAGGACUCCGGCUCGGAAGGAGUGGCUGAAGGUGCGGAUGUCGCCCGCGAACUAGCUGCUCUCGCGCUUGUACGCUCGCAGCUUCCCCGCGCGGCGGCCGCUCUCGCGUUAGCGCUGCCCCGACCCCCGCCACAUGUUGCGCAACCUCUGCAGCAAAUACUGCAGUUGGCAGCUUUAAUCCAAUGUCGAAAUCAUGCGUUAGUCGACGUAGAAACGGCGCUAGAAGCGGCCGAAGGGCAAUCCGCCACGACCACAACCACUCGCAAACAAAUCGUUCCUGUCGCGAUUCCCCUUCGACGUGGUACUACCCAAAAACCGACCGCGCCUAAACUAAAAGAAGUACAAUUAAAAGUAUUCAAUCAAUCGGAGUGUACGCCUAGUGAUUUACCCUUCAUGGACCCCUUGAGGUCUAGGACAGAGUGAUUAAGAAGGAAAUUGAUGUUGUAUAGCUUUUGUCGUUGAGAUUUUGAAUUACUUCCAUUUGGAAUUCUAUUGUGAUUUUUUUCAUGUAAUACAUGGGAUAAACUGUUAACCGGUUUCAAAAUAACCGGUAUUUUAGCGGGCCAUAGUAUUUGUACAAGAUGUGAUAGUAACAGAAAUGCUUCAUUCUAUUGUAAAUCAUGUAAUACAGGUUUGAACGCAAACCCUAUACGUCUGCGCGUUUGACAACUCGGCCAGCUGUUUUAUAAAUACCGAUAUUUUUAAUCCAAACAAAGUGAACGUAUAUGUGAAAAAAAUACAUUAUAGUAGACACCUUUAUACUUUUUUGUUACAAACUAAAUGGUAAGAAUAAAAGUUUUAUUAAAUAAGAUGAGGUAAGGAAUAUAUCAAGUCUUUAUUUUAAUUUUAAAGUCGAAACUAGGAAAAAAGUUAAUAAUCAUUUAGCGUGUCUGUUUUACUGAACUUGGUACGCCAAAUAGUGCUAUAAUAAAUUAUGUGAAAGAACCUUAUUUACUACAAAUAUUUUUAUGCUCUCAAUAAGUGUUUUUCUGAUCAAACUCCAUUAGUUUGUAUUUAACAAGCCAUUGUGAUAUAUGUUUUUGUGGCGGUAUAUCUUUUAUAACAAUUACAAUAAUAUCCACACUUAGAAACCGAAGUUGAAGAGGUUUUUUAAACGUUUUAGUACGUCAUUUGUGUUAACCUUUUUUAGUAUGAAUAACUUCGAACAUGCGACUGUGACCCACCUCCGGUUUCUUUGUGUAACGUCUUUUAUUGUUAGUUACCUAAGUUAAAAUAAGUUAGUUCUUAAGUUAUGGCUGUUAUAGUUGUGUUUGUACAAUGAACGAAACUGAAGUGCAAGUUAAAAAUGUAUGAGAUAGAUCUCCUACUUUUGUAAUAGUAUGAUACUACUUAUAAAAUAGAAUGAUAUAUAUAAUAAUAAUAAGUAGGUAGUUAAAACUAAUCGCAUUUAAUUUCCAAACCAAAAUUAUUGGUUAAACUGGUUUGUUCCAUCCUUGUCUUACUAAUGAUAACUAGUUUGUUUGGUGACUAUGGAUGAGAUUUGAAUUUUGAAUGAGUUCAACUUAUCGCUUUUUUAAUCUAUUACAAAAAAGGCGCGAAAAACAGGGUUUGCUAAUUGAUUAGGUAUGUAAUAUUGGAAUGAGAAUGGGCUGAUAAUACUUUAUUUUAUAUAUUUUUUGUUUAUUAGAUGAGUUGAAUUAUGUACAAAAUCGUAAUAGGUCUAUGAUCUCUCAUUAAGAAUUUCACAAGUAAGGUAUUGUAGCUUUCCGUUACUACCUACUUAAAAUUUUUGAAGAUGUGUCAAAAUUUAGUUGUAAGACCAAAGAGAAAUAUGUAGUACCUAUCAGAAUUCGUGUAGAUUCUACUGCCUUUUCUUUAUUUUGUUAAUAAGAUAAACUAUAUGUAUGAGGGUCUGUCUUGUGUUUGAAAUAAGAUCAAACAAAAAUAAAGUCUAU